AUGUCGGUGUAUUCAGAUCCGCCGGAACUUCGUCCUUUCCGCCUCGACAAACCGACGCUGCUGGUAUGUUGGUGGGCAACCUCGUUUUGCACGCUCAUGAUCCUGCUGCGUGUUAGCGGCCGCUUUGUAAGAACGGAGCGUCUCUUCGUCGAGGACAAGAUUGCGGCCUUGGCCGUGAUUCCGCUUAAUUUGCGCAUGGUCUGCGUCCACUACGUCCUCUCUUACGGCACCAACAAUGCCGAUUUUGCCGCCGCCGAGCUGUCUUCGGAGCAGCUGCGCCAAAAGGCCAUCGCAAGCGGCCUGGUUUUGCUCAGCCGAUUUUUCUAUGCCGCGACCCUGUGGACGCUCAAGUUCUGCAUUCUCGAGUUUCUCAAGCGAAUAACAGAUCUUACCUGGGAGCGGUCGCACCAUGUUGCCCUCGUCGCCAUCCGCUGGGCACUGGUCUUGACCUUUGUUGGAGUCAUCGUCAGCGACUUGACCGAGUGUCAUCCGUUCAGUCAUUACUGGCAGGUGCUGCCAGAUCCCGGUGGCAGCUGUCGACAGGCCUACGUUCAGCUCAUCACCAUGGCUUGCUGCAACAUCCUGACGGACCUCUUGCUCGUCGUCUUUCCGAUUCCCCUCAUCCUCAAGAGCAACAUGGCGGCGUCGAGGAAGUUGCAGCUAGUUCUCUUGUUUUCCUUGAGCUUGGGCGUCGUUGCCAUCACCGUCUUUCGACUGCCCAGGAUUAUUCAUGAGCAUGGCCGACAGCAGUACCGCUCCCUCCUCGCGUCCGUCGAACUGCUCUUCGCCACUGCUGCCGCCAAUGCCUUGGUGCUGGGAUCGUUCGUCCGGGAUCGCGGAGUCAAGAAGCAAAAGUUUCGGCGCAAUUCCGGGGCCGCCGACUCGUUUGAUCGAACGAGCACCAACCCCCGCAGACCAGCUUUGCACCGUCAUUGGGGCAGCGACGAGGACCUGUUCAGGGAUGUGGGCUUGGGCGUGGAUCCCGAACUGCGAGAGCAGUUGGACAGAGCCGACGUUGAGCGCAUUGGUCCCGCGCCAAGGGUGAUGAUGGCCCAGUAUCUCGCUCCCGACGUCGACUGGCAGGGCGCGAAUCGUCGCAGCCAAACAGAGCGCAGCGACGACUCCCUCUUCCCGGACGACGCGCUCCUCAAGCCCGCUCUUCACGGUCGCAGGAGAGCCAUGUCGUUUCUCGACGUCGGCGGCCUGCUGGACGACUCUGUCAAGGGUAGUAGUAGUGGCAGCUGCAGGCGCGGCAGCUACACGUCGUCGGCGCCGGACCCGCCGACCUCACCUGGCACUGCGCCUCCGCCUCCGCCUCCGGCUCCGGCCUCGGCAAGCAAAAGCGGGAUACAUCGUGGCUCAACAGCUCUGCUGCAGGACUUGGGCGGCCUGCUCGGCCCGCUCAAUGCCAGGACCUCCAAAGCAAGAUCAAGCGAUGUGGACACGGAGCUGCAGACGAUUCCCCAAUCGCGGGAGGUGCAAGCCGUCACUUGUCACAGCAAGCCAUCUCUCGAACUCAUGGACCCUGCUGGCUUGCUAAAAUGA